AUGCAGAACACUUCUAGUCUACCCGCCUCACCAGUUGGUGUCAACGUUCAAUAUCCCCAACUCGUCCUCGAGGGAAAGCGUACCGGAUAUUACAUAACUUUCGCUCUAUUCGCCCUCACAAUAUGGUUCAUACUGCCCAGGAAACAAAGGUCUCAACUAGAGGUUCCCUUAUACAAGGCUUCCAAGACCAAAUGGAUCUUUAAUGCCGAAUCAUUAAUCAAAGAUAGCUACACAAAGUUUCGCGAUCGAGUAUAUCAAAUCAAGGCUACUGAGGGAGUACAAGUCAUGGUACCUGCAAGCUUGGUGGGUGAACUCAAAGGACUCCCAGAAGAUGUCCUUAGUGCAACAGAAGCAGUCUCAGAUGCUCUGCAAAGCAAGUACACCAAGUUCUCACCAGGCCAUAAUGGCGAAACACUUGCACUCUUGAUCCGAACAAAGUUGACCCAGAACCUCACCCGAGUGGUACCUCGUCUCAAGCAAGAGCUAGAGUACAUCUUGGCCACCGAAUUUCCUGCCUGCGAAGACUGGACGCCUGUGAAAUGGCAACCCUUUAGUCUUCGUGCCAUCACCCGCCUCAGUGGCAGAGCCUUCGUCGGUCCCUCCCUCAACCGAAACGAGCAGUGGAUGGAUACCACCAUCAACUUCGCUGUUCACGUCUUUACCGCAUGUGUCAAGCUCCAAUUCAUCCCUGAGUGGGCUCGACCUGUUGGCCAGUACUUCGUGUCAGAACUACGCCAAAUUCGAAAGGACAUCAGCACCGCCAAAGAAUUGCUCAAGCCCAUCCUCGAAGAGCGACUUCAGGAUAUGGAACUCUCCAACGGCGAAGAUGCACCUGAUGAUAUGAUCCAAUGGCUUAUCGAUGCCCUACCCGAGGGUGAGAAGGGCGAUCUUACAACCCAGGCUGAGUUGCAGCUUAUCAUUGCGGCGGCGUCUAUUCAUACCACCAACAACCUCCUCUGCGAAUGUCUUUGUGAUCUAGCAGCAUACCCAGAAGUUCAAGAAGAACUACGCCAGGAAGCCUAUCAGAUUCUCGAGGUAGAGAAUGGCUGGGAGAGGAAAGAGAGCUUGGCCAAGCUGAAGAAGCUUGAUAGUUUCAUGAGGGAAGUCCAGCGCCUUAGCGGAAACAUCACAUCUUUUAUCCGCAAGGUCAUGAAACCCAUCUCUCUUUCUGACGGUACCCAGUUACCCGCAGGGACGAAGGUCCUCGCCCCUCAAGCAGGCAUCGCUCUUGAUGAGCGCUAUUUCCCCGACCCUGAACGUUUUGAUGCUUUCCGCUUCUACAAGCUCCGCCAAGAGUCCAGUGAAGCCAAUCAUCGAUGGCAGUUUACAUCUCUUGACGAUACAUACACCAACUUUGGUGCAGGCAAACAUGCUUGCCCAGGUCGCUUCUUUGCCAACAAUGAGAUGAAGCUUGUGUUGGCGCAUCUGCUCAUCAACUACGAUAUCCGUCUCAAGGCCGGUGAGAGCCGCCCGAAGCCUAUGACUGUGGUUAUGGCCAAGGCGCCUUCUCCAGAUACUGAGUUGGAGUUUCGACGAAGAUCCGUGGUAGCUUGA